AUGGCACGGGAGAAAAUCUCCUUGUCAGACCUGGGGAUUAACAAUACCAGAAUUAAGAGAUCUAUUACGGGUGGCAUCUUAAUAGAAAUUCCUGGCGAGGAUUCUGACCUGAAAGCAGACAUGUUAUUGAAUCACUUACAACAGAUUUUUAAAGACAUAAGUGGAGUGAGACUUAGAAAGCCUACUAAGAACUCACAGAUUAAACUAACAGGUAUAGAUGAUUCUAUAACCGCAUUGGAGAUCCGCAAUAUACUCGCGGAAAUAAGCAAAUGCUCACCGGAUAGCAUUUCUUGUAGUCCGGUUAGAUUUAUCCGCGGCGGCCUGGGUAUAGCAUAUGUUAGAUGCCCGAUAGCAGCUGCGGUAAGCAUCCUUGAGGCAGAAAGGAUUAAUAUAGGGUGGACAACGAUUAAAGUGGAGCCAGUUGAUCCGAAGCCUCUACAAUGCUUCAAAUGUCUGGCCACUGGCCAUACACUGCAGAGAUGUCCGGAGCCUAAGGACAGGAGAGCAUGCUGUUACAAGUGUGGAGAAACGGACCACAAAGCCUCCGAGUGCGGAAAUAGAGUCAAAUGUCCUGUCUGUACUGACAGAGGCCUCAGAGCGGAUCAUCUGGCGGGUACGGCGGCGUGUAAGCCUAUACCUCCAGGGAAGCCAAUAGAUAUUAAGCAAUAUGUAAAUAAAAAUGUUGAAAGUGUCAGUUUACUUACCCCUACUUUACCUGUAAUACAUACCGAGGGACGAAGACCUCAGGAUACGGUGGCCUCCACCUGCGAAAUGAUUAUUGAAACGUAA